AUGGUAGCUUCCAAUUCGGGUCUUUGGCUCCUCGUCGCCGCCGUCCCGGCCGUGCUCGGCGACGGCGUCGGCAUGAUCGGUUUCGGCAAGACCAUGUACCAGCCGCCCUGCGCCUUUGCAUGCCGCUCCGUCAUUGGAGGAUCGACGCUUCUCUGCACGCCGGAGCACGAGUCCGACUCCGCUGCCGGCGGUCACCACGCGCCUCCCAAGACGCCCGAGAGCUGCUUCGCCACCGACCAGGCGUUUGCGCAGACGCUCGCUCUCUGUAUCGACACGUACUGCCCCGGGAGCGACGCGCCUCGCCUCGGUGCAAUUGAAGACUACUGGGGCUCGCAUUUGGCGACGGGCAGCAUUGGGAACUUCUCCUGGGUGCCGGCUCUGACGUACCAAGAGGCCCUGCAGCGGGCGAAGCACGACGAGCACAACAAUACACUGGCCCGAAACGGGACGGCUUCAACACAGGAGCACGCAGGUCAUGGGAAAAGAGUGUUGUAUGCAAGACAUGGUGGCCAUGGAGAUGAAGAGGAUCACGACACGACGCCGGUGAAUACAACCCUGCCGGUGGUUAAGCCUGGUGCGCCGCUGAACGUGACGAGCUUCGUCCGCAUGUCGGACUGGCAGAAGAACUACAACGGGCUCAAGUCGUUUGAGCUGAAUGAGGCCGGACAUGUCAAGUACACCAUCAUCAUCACAGUCGUGCCGUUUCUACUCGCCAUUGCCGCCUCGCUCUUUCGCUUCGUCCCCGCUCUGACGCGCGCCACCUCCUGGGCCUGGGUCAACUCCAUGAUCAUCUACCCGCCGCUCUGGGGCUCCAGGCACCGCCAGCCGACCGCUCGCGCCGCGGGCGGCGGCUUCAUGCCCACGCGCGGGCAGUCGCUCUACAUUGUCGCCGUCGUCGCGCUCAACCUCAUCUUCCUCAUCGUGCCAUACUACACGCUGCAGCCGCAGUCCAUCUUCGCGACGGUGCGCGAGCAGGAGCUCAGCACCAUUGGCUGCCGCGCGGGCGUCAUGGCCAUGGGCAACGUGGUGGUGCUGACCGUCUUUGCCGGGCGGAACAACCCUCUCCUGGCGCUGACGGGCUGGAACUACGACACCUAUCUGCUCUUCCACCGUGUCUUUGGCUACCUGGCCAUCUUUCACACGGUGCUGCACUCGGUGCUGCUGCUCGCGUACUACACCGUCUUUGGCGGCUACGAGACGGAGGUGGUGAAGCCGUACUGGAUCUGGGGCAUUGUCGCCACGCUCGCGGCCGUGCUCCUGUGGCCGGCCUCCAUCCUGGCCGUUCGGAAGCGGUUCUACGAGGUUUUCCUUUCGUUGCACCACCUCCUCGUCGCUUUGUUUCUCAUUGGCUACUUUUACCACAUAUUCUACCGCUACAGCUUCAACUGGGGCUACGAGAUCUGGUGCUACAUUGCCGGCGGCAUCUGGGGAACGGAGCGUUUGAUCCGUCUGGCGCGCAUGGUGUUUAUGGGACGACGCACAGCAGACGUUUCUGUCGUAUCCGGCUCUGACGGCGAAUAUCUUCGCGUCGACAUUGACGGUGCUCACGCCCGAGGGCUCGUCUAUCUCUACUUUCCGACUCUGAGCUGGCGGUUCUGGGAAAACCACCCAUUCUCCGUGGCCUCGUCAUUCGCAAUCAGGGACUCGGCCGGAGACUCUUCCACAGAUACAGAGAGCUCCCAGGAAAAAGUUCUGGAAGAGAAAAAGCUCGGCGCAAACAUCGAGACAACACCGGUGGCUCAGCCACGCAAGACUGUCUUUGCACCUGUAUCCGACCACCGCAUAUCCAUUCUCGUGCGCGUCCAGUCAGGCAUGACGGCGCGUCUGGCUGCCAAGGUCGCAGCUGGGGGCAGCAGAAUCCGGCUUCCCGUCGUCGUCGAGGGUCCGUACCACGCCACGUCGGCAUCGGAGCUGUCGCAGUGCACCUCCAUUGUCUGCAUCGCCGGCGGCGUCGGAGUGUCCGCCGUGCUCCCCAUCCUCCGCGAGCAGAGCUGUCGCCGGCGUCUCUGCUGGGGCGUGCGCAACCGGAGCGUGGUGGACGAGUGCCACAAGGACAUCCUGAGUUUGCCGGCGGCCGUGCAGGUAGACACCAGCAUUGGCCAUCGCCUAGACAUAAAGUCGGUACUGAAAGAGGAGCUCCUAUCCCGCACGGGGGAGCGUGGACCAACGGGUAUCGUCGUGUGUGGGCCGCCUGAAAUGGCCGAUGAUGUGAGAAAUGAAGUCACAAGGCUGGCAAGGAGUGGCUCGUUGGCGCGUGGCGUUGUGUUGCUGGAUGAAGCAUUUACAUGGUAG